CUAUGUUAUUUACUAUUCAAGGUCUGUGGGAUACACUUCCCUGAUGGCAGACCAACCAAAGAGCACCCAUACCCAGUAUUGCACAUGGGAUAUGAAACUCAUGCUGGACCUCUGCCAUCUGGUCGAGCCCCCCCCCCAAAAGAAGAUGUCUUGAGCCCCUUACAGUCAACACCAUGCAAGUCACCAGAAUUGCUGCUGAACCUGCUGAUGUAGAGGUUGAUGUGGAUAAUCUGGAGAACAUUCCUCUACAGAAGUGUGAUGUUGGCGUCCAGUGGCCAGAGAUUUCAGAGCACAACUAUUGUUCAAGCAAGUCAACAAAAGACAGUGCAACACAAACAGAUCCUGCACCAUCAAUCUCAGCCUAUGACUUUGAUGACAAAGACAGUAGGUUUUUCACAGGCAUACAUAUCGCCAGUUUUUUGCAGCUUUUGUUUGCCCUCACAAAUUUUUUACCUCAGCCAAUGACCAUUAAGUUGGCAUUGCAUCACCAAUUGUUGCUUGUUUUGAUGAGACUCCGCCUUGGUUUGAUGUUCACAGAUCUAGGAAAGCGUUUUGGAAUAAGUAGGACUACAGCUUGUGAGAUCUUUGCAGUCUGGAGACCUAUACUCGCAAGGUUUAUGAAAGAAAAAAUAAUAGCUUGGUUGCCUAGAGAUACUCUGGAGAGAAUAAGGCCUCAGAGCUUCAGCGUACAUUACCCCAAAGCAACAUGCAUUAUAGACUGUACCGAGAUAUUUGUACAAAGGCCAAAGAACUUAAGGAAACGAGCCCAAACAUACAGCAAUUACAAGCACCACAACACUUACAAAGUCCUAUAUUGCAUAGCUCCCAAUGGCUUUGUGAUGUUUGUGUCCAAAUUGUUUGGUGGGAGGGCUAGUGAUACUUUUAUCACACGGAACAGUGGUCUUAUUAGUCACCUGCUUCCUGGUGAUCAAGUUUUGGCAGACCGUGGAUUCACCAUCACAGAUGUUUUGCCUCCUGGAGUGACAUUGGCCAUACCAGCGUUUACACGUGGCUGUAAAGAACUUCCGGAGCAUGAAGUUACACAGACACGUCGCUUGGCAAAUGUUAGAAUUCAAGUAGAGCGUGCUAUUAGACGAUUAAAAGGUUUUAAAAUGUUGAGUAAUAUUAUCCCAGGUAGAAUACAACAUGUUGAUGACAUUGUAACUAUAUGUGCGGGGCUUUGUAACUUGCAACCUCAGUUAAUUCGAGAGGAAACUGAGGGAGAAGCAUCUGAAAUAGAUGAAGAUGAGCAUAUUGAUGAGCAAGAAGAAGGUGAUGAAUACUCAUGGGACAUGGCAGAGGACAUUGAGGAAACCCACUUGUUUUAGUAUUGUGUACUGUAAAGUUACAUAUGUGAUGUGAAGAGCUGCCUGCCACGCACAGAGAGAGAGAUAGACACAUGGACUCCAAUCUCAUACAAUUCUAUUUUAAUCGUAAUCUUUCAUUGCUCUGAAAAUCUUUAAUUUCAUGUUCAUUUCAUUUUAUUGUGGUCUCAUUUAACAACUUAACUAGAGACGGUUUUAAUCACAUACAAUAUGUACUAUGAAUAAAU